CUGAAAGCCGAAAGUGGGAAGCAUGCGUCGGCCCACUGGCAAAGUGGUCGGCAUCAUCAAGCGGAACUCGAGGCCGCUGUGCGGCAUGCUCAUGCCCAGCCCAAUCAAGGAGGCCACCCGCCACCUGUUCACGCCCGCGGACCGCCGCAUGCCACGAGUGCGGGUGGAGACAAGACAAGCAGCGUCCCUGCAGGCCCACCGCAUCGUGGUGGCCAUCGAUGGCUGCUGCGACACUCCUGCUACCCGAACGGCCAUUUUGUGCGCUCUCUGGGCGAAUGUGGGGAUAAAGAGACGGAGACAGAGGUGCUGCUGCUGGAGCACGACGUGCCACACCAGCCCUUCAGCCAGGCCGUACUUGCAUGCCUGCCCCCUCCCACGUUCAGCAUCACAGCAGAGGACCAGGCUGGCAGGGAGGACCUCCGUGCGUUGUCCAUCUGCAGUGUGGAUCCUCCAGGCUGCACAGACAUCGACGAUGCCCUACACUGCAAACCGCUCGACAAUGGGAACACCGAGGUUGGGGUACACAUCGCCGAUGUGAGCUACUUUAUCCGGCCGGGGAAUGCCUUGGAUGAGGAGGCAUCUCUGCGUGGUACCACAGUUUACCUGUGUGAGAAGAGGAUUGAUAUGGUGCCAGAGUUAUUGAGCUCAAACCUGUGUUCCUUGAGAUCCAACGUCGACCGGCUGGCGUUCUCGUGCAUAUGGGAGAUGACUCCAAAGGCUGAGAUCGUGAGCACACGUUUUUACCAAGAGCAUCAUCAAUUCCAAG